GACAACCGUAACAGAAACCUAGUAAAAAACCUAAUUAAAAAAGGUCCGUUGCUGGUGGGCAAGGCAGGUUGGGACAAUAAAACCCUGGAAGAAAGAGUGGACUUUCACAGAUCGCGCCAAAUUGACUCCGUCAAACUACAAGUGGAAGCUCUAUUCAUCGGCCAUCUUCACGUCAUAAAGGUCUAAGACAUGAAGUCCUUCAGGAUUUUGGUGUUUUCAAUAUUCUGCUACCUGGCUGUAGCCGAUUACAGGCGAGACGCUCUGGAACAGCACAAUAGCCUUCGAGCCAUUCAUGAUGCACCUGCAAUGAGGCUCAGCAGUUCUUUGAAUGCACGUGCUGACCAGUACGCGCGGCAGCUGUUCAACAGGUUCCGUUGCUCCGGUGACCUUAAGCAUUCUGACACCCCGGACGAGGGAGAAAAUCUCGCCAGUGGUUGGACGACUGCAAAUGUACCUGAAGCCAGAAGUGUUCAAGAUGCCGUAAAAUCAUGGUAUGAUGAGGUGUGCCAGUAUAAUUUCAACGUGCAUAGAUACCAGAGCGGCCUAGGGCACUUCACCCAGAUAAUUUGGAAAGCAUCUACGGAGCUUGGCAUCGGCAAAUACACUGGAAGAAGCGGACGGCGGACCUGCACAUAUAUUGUAGCUCGAUACAAAGAUGCUGGAAACGUGAACAGCCCCAGGUACUUUCGACGCAAUGUUUCCAAAGGUUCUUUCCGUGAAUCCUAUUGCAACACGAUAGCGGAUAAAUCUGUGGGUGGAGACAAGUACAUUGAUGCUCCGGAGGGUUCGACCGACCAUACAGAUUAUAGGCAAGAUGCAUUGGACCAGCACAAUGGUCUUCGCCGUAUUCACGAAGCUCCUCCCAUGACACUCGACGAUUCAAUGAGUGACGCUGCAAAGGAUUUCGCGCACAAAUUGUUCAAGCAGGGGCAUUUAAAGCAUUCGGAUAAGGACUCCCGUCCGGGGCAGGGUGAAAACCUGUUCUAUGGGUGUUCAACUGCAGCAGAAGGUAUAACCGUCCAAGACGCAGUGAAAGCAUGGUAUCCCCUUUGUAUGCCUUUUAAUGAAAAAAGACGAGAUCAUCGUAUUAACAGGUUGCCCGCAAAGAGGGGCUCCACUGUACACUUCUUCAAAAUUAGGGCGAGUCGAUUUUUUUGCAGGUACGAUGAAGUGUGCGACUUCAACUUUAGCGACCAUUCGUCGCAGGGUGUCACUGGGCAUUUUACUCAGGUAGUGUGGAAGGCCUCGACGGAACUCGGCAUUGGUAAAUACACAGGAAAAAAAGGACUUUGGACCUGCACAUACGUUGUUGCUCGUUACAAGCCAGCUGGGAACUACCCAACAAAGCUUGAAGACAAUGUUUGUAAGGGAUCUUUUAGUUCAUCUCCGUAUUGUGAUACCGUAAGGGAUAAGUCCCUGGGAGAGGAGGAAUACCUGGAUAUCCCGGAAGGCUCGACGGGCGGUGGUUCCACCGAUUAUAGGCAAGAUGCAUUGGACCAGCACAAUGGUCUUCGCCGUAUUCACGAAGCUCCUCCCAUGACACUCGACGAUUCAAUGAGUGACGCUGCAAAGGAUUUCGCGCACAAAUUGUUCAAGCAGGGGCAUUUAAAGCAUUCGGAUAAGGACUCCCGUCCGGGGCAGGGUGAAAACCUGUUCUAUGGGUGUUCAACUGCAGCAGAAGGUAUAACCGUCCAAGACGCAGUGAAAGCAUGGUAUCCCCUUUGUAUGCCUUUUAAUGAAAAAAGACGAGAUCAUCGUAUUAACAGGUUGCCCGCAAAGAGGGGCUCCACUGUACACUUCUUCAAAAUUAGGGCGAGUCGAUUUUUUUGCAGGUACGAUGAAGUGUGCGACUUCAACUUUAGCGACCAUUCGUCGCAGGGUGUCACUGGGCAUUUUACUCAGGUAGUGUGGAAGGCCUCGACGGAACUCGGCAUUGGUAAAUACACAGGAAAAAAAGGACUUUGGACCUGCACAUACGUUGUUGCUCGUUACAAGCCAGCUGGGAACUACCCAACAAAGCUUGAAGACAAUGUUUGUAAGGGAUCUUUUAGUUCAUCUCCGUAUUGUGAUACCGUAAGGGAUAAGUCCCUGGGAGAGGAGGAAUACCUGGAUAUCCCGGAAGGCUCGACGGGCGGUGGUUCCACCGGCCAUUGACGCGACUUUUUGUCUCUUCUCGAAAGUCUCAUUAAUGGCAAUCUUAAUUUAAUUGACGAUUUACUUCAAUGACAUACAAUAUACUAGCAACAAAAUACUAAUACCAUGAGCUAAAGCCAAUAAUACACGCAGAGACUUGCCGCUAUGCUGUAUAACGAACACUCUUUGCCACUCAAUAUUCAAAUGAAAGAAGAAGUUUAAUAAAGGCACGCCGAAGUUGAACCUAUGUUCUUUUCUCAACAUGUUUGUGUACAAAUAGUCAACCGAGGAUACUAUUACAUUCUUGUGGCCGGACAGUGGAGGAGAUCUGCUUUAAACAAUUGGGCACUUAAUUCUGAAGUAGAGAAAUAGGUUUUAAAGAAGGGUGCCUCCAAAAGAAAAUUGGCAUUUUGUUGUGGAUUAUUAUCUCACAAAAUCAUUAUAUAUUUAGAUCCUUGUGGAACAUUCUGAACCAAGAGAGACAUUUUAUUACCCCAGGGGGGUUUCCAUAUAAAGAGGGCGGGAGUGCUCGACUUACCUUACAGGGAUAAAAAGCGGACAUGGUACCUCUUGGGGUGUUCAGACUCAAAAGGUCCCACAGCAAGUGCUUCCAUGGUACCUUUAAGGGUAUUGAGCCAGAAAAGGUCUGUGUCAGAUAAUGUGUUGCUUUAGAAUUAGUACCUCUUAGGGGUUAAAGCAAU